CCAUCGAGUUAUAGCCAAUUACAUACAGUACCAACUCCCCAUCUAAAACCCUAAACCCCAAACCGGAGCGAACCUGUAAGAAACAAAAUACAAACCGAGCUCGCAUUCUCGCUCACCCAUGGCGAUCAGUAGCGAAGCCCUGAACUCCCUGAAACUCACAGACCCAACGCAGUUACUGACGCCGAGCUCCGCGCUCUCCCAAACGGCUCGAACGGCCUUGCAGAACCUCUUCUCCUCCCUCAGACCGUUCACGCCCAAAUCGCCAUUUGAUCAGCUGUUAACAGACGGCUUCGACGCCGAGCAGAUAUGGCAGCAAAUCGACCUCCAAUCUCAGCCGCUCAUCUCGAGCCUCCGCCGAGAUUUGAAACGGUUCGAGAAAAAUCCGGACGAGAUUAAGACGCUGAAGGUGCUUGUACAAGGCCAAGAGAAGGUUCUGGAAGCUGAAAAUGAGGGUUUAAAGAACGAAAUCGAUGGUUCUGAUGAGGAAUUUGAUGAAUUUGAUGAAGACGAUGAGGAGGAGGAGGAGGAAGAGGAAGAGGAAGAAGAAGACGAAGAAGAAGGUGAAGAGAAUGAGAGUGAGGAUGAAGAGGAGGGAGAAGACAGUGAAGGUGAAGCUGAAGGUAAUAAUGGGAUAGAGGAUGGGUUUUUUAAGAUAAAGGAUUUGAAGAAGUCUUUGGAGGAUAGUGAAGCUAGGGAAUAUGGGUUAAUGAAGACUGAAAAGAAGAAGAAGAAGAAAAAGAAGAAAGGUAGCGAUGAUGAUGAUGAUGAUGAUGAUGAUGAUGAUGAUGAUGAUGAUGAUGAUGAUGAGGAUGAAGAAGAAGAUGAGCUGCUUGGAGAUUUAGACAUUGGCGAUGAUGAGGAUGAAGAAGACGCAGACAAGUUUGCAAGAUAUGAAGACUUCUACGGAGGAAAAAUAUAUUUUUUAAUACAGAAGCAGACAACUCUUUCUACCCAUGAAACGAAGCUUCAGAAACUUCGUUCUGAAAUAGACCAGAUGGAAAAAGCAAAUUUGGAGCCAAAAAAUUGGACCAUGCGAGGAGAGGUAACUGCAGAGAGAAGGCCAAAGAACAGUGCGCUAGAAGUUGAUCUAGAUUUUGAACACAAUGUUAGACCUCCCCCUGUAAUCACAGAGGAGGUUACAGCAUCGAUUGAGGAUAUCAUCCAGAAAAGAAUCGAGCAGGGGCGUUUUGAUGAUGUUCAAAAGGCUCCGACUUUACAUUCUAAAGCACCAAGAGAAAUUAAAGAGUUGGACGAGAAUAAGAGCAAGAAGGGUCUAGCUGAAGUCUAUGAGGACGAGUACGUUCAAAAGACGAAUGUGGCUUCUGGUCCAUUGUCAUUCACAGACAAACAGAAGGAAGAGGCAAGCAAGCUGUUCAAGAAACUUUGCUUGAAGUUGGAUGCUCUUUCUCAUUUCCACUUCACUCCAAAACCUGUUAUCGAGGAUAUGACUGUACAAGCUAAUAUCCCCGCUCUAGCGAUGGAAGAGAUUGCACCUGUGGCUGUCUCUGAUGCAGCAAUGCUAGCGCCUGAGGAAGUGUUUUCAGGCAAAGGUGAUAUUAAAGAAGAAGCAGAACUUACACAGGCAGAGAGAAAGAGGAGGAGAGCUAACAAGAAAAGGAAAUAUAAAGUCCGCCUUGCUAUUGACCCUAUAACCUGCACAAACUGA